UCUUUGACUCGGAACCUCUGUAAGGGGUCGGUUGUUUCCGCCGCAACAUAUUCAUGGUGGCACCAUGAUUUCCGUGUAGUUUACUACCAGUUCUGUUAGCAUGGAUGCUAACGUGGACACGGCUAACGUGGCCCCAGAAGAAAACGAAGAGGAAGAGUAUGAAAUUCAGUGUCUAACAGAGGAGGAGGAAGAUCUGGACCUGCAGCUGGAGCAGGAAUUAGCUGGAAUGACAGUAGAAGAUGGGAUCCAGAAGGUCCAGGCCGUGCAGACCGACGUCAUGACGGUCGACUGCAGCGUCAACACGGAGCCCGACUGGGAGAGCCAGGUGGCGGCCAUGUUGGCCUACAGCUCCACCCUGACGGAGCAACACGACGACCUGACGAAGAAGCAGGAGGAGGAGGAGGUGGAGCACGAGAAACACAAGCAGCAGCUGCAGAAGAAGAAGGAGGAGGCCACGAGGCAGCACCAGGCGCUGCUGGAGAAGGUGGAAUCUCUGCGAGUGAAGCUGCAGCUGAACAACUCCAAGGCCGCGAGGAAGAACUUCCAGACCAAGAAACAGGAAAUGAUGUCAGAGAAAAACAGGGCGACAGAUGAGAGGAACAAGUUCGCCAGGGAGCUGGAGGAGAGCGACAGGAAGCUGGCGGCGCUCACGGAGGAGCAGGGCGAGGAGCGCCGGAGGUGGAGGGAGGAGCUGGAGGAGCUGAGGAAGGAGAUGGAGCGAGCGAGGAAGGAGGCGGACGAGGCCCAGCUGAGGGCGCUGCAGGACGAGAUGGCGGCCGUGGAGAAGCAGAGGGACGUGGCCAUGUCUCACAUCGAGGCCUGGCUGGGGGAGGUGGGACAGUACCUGAAAGCUCUCAGGGUGGAGUUUCCUCAGCAGUAUCCUCACGAGAGGCUCCAGUGGGAGAAGAAGGAGGGUUUGGUCCGGAGGAACCAGGCUGAGCUCCAGAGCCGCUUCCAGGACGUCCUGCAGCAGCUGCAACAGGGCCGAGAGCUGGAGUCCCUCCCCAGGAUCAACGUGCCCACCCUGCCCCCGGUCCCCAUGGCCGACCUGAGGUUCAAACAGGUGAUGAAGUCGGUGGUUCGCCCUCAGUUCGCGCCUCCCCCUCCUCACCCAGUGUCCCAGCCCCUCCCUCCACAGAGGCCCCCACACUUCUACCAGCCACGGCCCCGUCACCCCCACCCUCACCCCAUGCAGCAACGCGCCCCCUACCACCACCACCACCCCCCACACCCACAGUUCUUCCAGCCUCCGUCUCCAGCCCACAUCAGAUCGGCCGUGAUGGUGACUCCCCCUCUCAGUCUGUCCCCGUCCCCCCCAGCGGUUCCUUCUCCACCUCCUCCUGCUGUCGCCGCCCCCCCCUCUGCUCCCGCUGGCAAACUGGACAAGGUCCUGGAGAAGUUGGGGGCGAGGUACCCACAAUGCAACAAGGCCCAGCUGACGUUGCUGCUCCAGCAGGUGAAGAGUUCCCGGGGCACCCUGGCCGGCAUGUCCAUGGACGAGGUCAUCGAGCAGGUCGGCUUCAAGCUGGCGCAGAGCGAGAGGUCGGCGCCGGGGCCCAUCAGCCGGCCCAUGCCCCCGGGCCCCAUCCGGAGGCCGGCGCCUCCCCCCCAGCAGCAGCAGCAUCAGCAGAGACCACCACCACCACCGGGCGGCGCCGCUCAGACCCGGAAACUCUGCCUGAUGUGUCAGAACCACGUGGACCCGGAGAGCCGCCACCCGCUCAGCUGCUCACACACCAUCCACAAAGACUGCAUCCAGGUGUGGCUGCAGUCCAGCAAGAACAACUCCUGCCCCUUCUGUCCCGGGAAGUGACCAGAAACCAGGACGUUAGAGCUGUUGGCGCCUCCGGCUUUCUACUGUCUGUCUAUGAAUGUUUAUGUCUGUUCGCUAACAACGUCAAUAAAGUUUAAAGACUCAAAUGUGAAUAAACAGGUGGACAACA